UCGCAAGAUGUCAACACAGUCGUCAAAACAUUAAUGGCCUUGAAACAUUUGUCAAGUUUGACGUUAUUUUAUGCGUUUGCCACUCACAGCUGUCAGAGUGUAUUUGUUUGAGGUGUAUUAUAUCGUUCGUUGGACAUGUCAUCAGUACUCGAAAAUGCCUAUUUGCGGCAUAGGCUGAGACAAAUGGAUCAGCUGUAUCCGGAACCUUCAACAUUUGGGCACUGUGACUGCACAUCAUAUUCUUACUUUGCUCUCUCUUUAGUCCUAUUUGUGAUGGGGGCCGUAAUAACCGUGCUUGCUCUCGGUGACGCCGACGGGUACCUAUUUUCUAACUUAGGUCACAUGUGGCUCGUCGGGCCAAUUUUUAUUUGCUCUGGACUCAUGAUUGCAGUGAAAAGUAUUUUAUAUCUCAGAAGAAAAAGUGUCAUCCAGAUGUUACUGCGGCAGCGAGCGCUGUUAAGGGGACUACAGGAGUUAGCCCAGCAGUCAAGAAGUCAACAAUCAGGCUGUGUAAUACGCAACCCAAGCACUGUCACAUUGCCACCAACAUAUGAAGCCCUCAUGGGUACUACUGAAUCACAUGGUGGUAGCACCUCAACAGAAGCACCUCCACCUACAUACGAGGAAGCAAUGUUCCUCAUGGGUGAUGAAAAGCUGUGUGUUGUGCUUGAUGAUCCCAAAUAUCCUACUACUUCCAGUUCGCACCAGAGGAAAGGCUCUCAGUCUACCUCAAGGAGUCAAAAACCUGGUGAUGCAGCAGGUGCAGAUUAAGAUUGUGAAUAGAUUUUUAUUCAUACCAUGUUAGCCGUUGUGGUUAUCAGUGCUGUAGUGUCUUAAAGACAAGGGUAGGUGGUGUCAAUAAUGAGAUGACUGUUCAACUUGGAAACAUUUUAUGACAUUUUUGCUAGUAUUUUUGCACCACAAGUGUUUAAACACAAUGGAAACAUAUCCUGUGAUGGAAUACAUUUUUUCUACAGUAUUUUGAAGUAAUAGUAAUGGUAAUAUUUAUUUACUGCACAAGAUUUGGCAACUGGAAAUCUGUAGCUCUCUAUUGGAGUAGUCAUUUCCAUAACACUGUGAAGGUGGUAUUACAGUUAAUUAGUUUUUAAAGUAUCUACAAGUUUUAUGAGGGAUGCAUUUUCUUCAUUAGAGUGCUUAAUACUGCUGUCUUCACUAAUGUAAAAUAACAUAGGUAUCUAUGAGAAUGCCUUUAUAGUGGGAUUGAAAAAAAAAAAUAGUGUCAUUAUUUCUGUAAUAGCAGUUACUAUUGCAUUUCAGAUAUUGAAAAUGAAGUGAGGGAGAAUUUAGGUACAGUGCUGUACCUGUAACCUGUAAGUGGAAAAUGAUAUCCCUGUUCAAACUGUGUUCAGAGACUACAGGCUUCUGAGCUAAUCAGAAUAAGAGCAGGCUUUGUAGUACGUAAAAAAAAAAAAAAAAAAAAAAAAAAAAA